AUGCGCCGUCGCGAAGUGCAUCACUGCACUGCAGCGCCGAAGAUUGCACGUGACACCGUGAAGGCGCAUUACGAGUCCAAGUUGAAGGCCCGUGAAGCGAAGCGUGCGGCUGAAUUUGCGGCGGUCGACCCAGUCAACGGCGGUUCAGACAAGAAGAAGAGUCGAAUGACCGACUUCUACGGCGAUGACGCCGCGUGCGCGAACCAGGCUGCGGACGAGGCCAUAUGCCUCUUCUUCGCCGCUCUUCAUGUGCCGGAGCAUCACGCGGACCACCCACCGUGGCGGAAUGUAGUCUCCAGCAUCAAGCGCGCGGGGCCGAAUUACAUAGCGCCGAAGAGACGCUACAUCGGUGGAGCCGGUCUUGCAAAGUGGCGCCAGCGCAUUGAGGCGGCUCUCGCUCCAAUCUCAGCAAGUUGGCGCCGUGACGGUGUCACCGUGGCAAGCGACAUGUUCUCUGACAAGGCCGGCCGCCCGCAAGCCAAUGUCCUCCUCAUCAGCGAUAGCGGAGCGGUGUUCGUGGAGUCGAUUGACACCAAGAUGGAGAUGAAUACCGGCGGCUACAUCGCGGGCAUCUUACGCCGCGUCAUCGAGAAGGUUGGCCUCGAGAAUGUCGUGGCCUUGUGUUUUGACGGCGGGUCCAAUUACGUGGCGGCCUGCAGGGAGUUGAUGACGGAGUAUCCCCACAUUGAACACAUCCCGUGCGCGACCCAUGUCCUUGAUCUCGUGAUGGAGGACAUCGGGAAAAUGGGAUGGGCGAAGGACAUCGUCACGCGCGGGAACACCCUCAUCUCGUUCGUCCGCAACCAUCACUUUACCUGCGGAUACAUGCAGAGCAAGCUCGUGAACGGCGGCAAGGGGAAGCAGAUGGUCCUCAGCGAUGAGUGGCGCAACUGGACAACGACUGCAAAGAGGGUAGGGGCAGAUACCUUCACAGUCAACAUCCUUGAUGACACGUGGUGGACGCUCGCCGAGUUCUUCGCUAAGGUGAUGAAGCUGCCGUUCGUCGUCAUGCGCAAGACGGACUCCGAUGCGAAGGGCAUGAUGGGUCGUCUCUACAACCUCAUUCUCCAGCUCACCGAGGACAUCCGCGACUUCCUCGACGAGCAUGCGGAAGGGUUCCUGACAAGCGGAGAGGUGGGGGAUAUUGGAGAGAUCGUGCAGGACCGCUGGGACAACGGGCUGGCGUGCGACAUGCACUUGGUUGGUUGCAUCAUCAACCCGACCAACCAGGAAGAGGGCAUCUUCUGCCAUGACCCCGAGUGCAUGAGGGUCUUCAAGAAGUUCGUGUCCAAGCACUUCGACGACCAGACCAUCACCAGGAAGGACGGGGCUGAGCGCCGCGCCUCCCUCGUCAUCCAGGAAGGCCUCACUACCUUUUUAAACCUGACGGGUUGCUUCGGCAUGCCCGACGCUAUUGCCGACCGUGUGGUAGUGAAGGAGGGCAAGAUGACCGCGGUGGCCUGGUGGUCGUGGCACGGGACCGAUCAUCCCGAGCUCACCACGCUUGCUUGCUGCAUGCUCACGCAGCCGGUGUCCGCGUCACCAUGCGAGCGGAACUGGGCAAAGUUUGAUGCCGUGCAUACGGCACGCCGGAACCGUCUCGGCGCGGAGAAGCUUCGGGACCUCGUCGGAGAGGGCAAGGUGGAGAGGCAGUACCGCAUGGGAUGUGGGGAGUGCGGGGUGCUGGUGGCGUAUCGCAGCGAGGGGAGCAUGGCGGGGUGCUG